AUGAGCCCGAGAGACAUAUCCCCAGUGAAGACCUUGUCUCCUAGAUGGCCAUCGGGAAAGACCAUGGAACCAGAUGAGCCCUCUGCACAAUCUAACUUUGCUGCAGCAUGGAUCAACCUGCUGGUUCGUCUGGCCGGAGGAAAACUGGCCCCCCGACUGACACCCAGAAUCACAACACUGCUUGAGACAGUUGACGCCUCUCUGGAUCAUAACGCUACUUUCAUCUGUGAGGUUGAUUCAUACCCUCAAGCUGAUAUUACAUGGACGCGGAAUAACUACCCAAUACGGUAUUAUGAUUCCAGAUACAUUAUACGAGAAAAUGGCCAAAUGCUGAUCAUUCCCAAUGUAAAGGAUUCAGACAAUGGAGAAUACUGUUGCAUUGCUAGCAAUGGGAUUGGAGAACCGGCCAAGAGCUGUGGAGCUUUACAGCUGAAGAUGAAGCCUCAAAUCAAAAGACAUCCUACCAACAUGACAUUGAUCGUGGAGUCCAAAGCAGUGUUGCCAUGUUUAACGUUAGGAUAUCCAAAACCCGACAUAUCCUGGAUUAAAGAAGAUGAUUUGAUAAAGGUUAAUAGUCGUAUAUCAGUUUUGGAAUCUGGUUCCCUAAAAAUUAACAACAUCAAGAAAGAGGACGCUGGACAGUAUCGCUGUGUGGCCAGGAACAGUUUUGGAAUCGUGUACUCCAAACCAGUCACUAUUGAAGUACAAGCUCCUGCCAGGAUACUGAAAGUUCCCAAGGAGAAGAAAGUUCAGAUCGGAUCAGAGGUGACGCUGGAGUGUAAUGCCACUGGCAACCCAAUCCCAUCCAUAACUUGGCUUGAAAACGGCAAUACGGUAAAUCCUCUACUUUACACUCACUUUUCUCUCUUUCCCACCUUCCUCUUUGCCUCUCUCUUGCUUUUCUUGCUUGCUCUGGCUCUACGGAGUAAAUUAAUUGUACUUUCAUCUCAUCUUACUGUAUCAGAGAGCAGAGCUCAGUGUGUUCAUGUUAAAUGUCAGGCGGCAUAGCUCAAAUGCGCUGCCAGUACAAUACGUUCUGCAGAUGCUUCGGUCUGUGCUGCUAUUAACAGGAUUCAAACUACAAUCAUUCCUCAGGCCGCUGAUCGGACAGCAGCAAUAAGGUUUAAGCCGUAUUGA